CAUUUGUCAUUCUUGUCAAAAUUUUAAGGUUAGAAUUUUUGUUUAUUUGAAGCAUCGUUCCGUUUAUUUCUCAUUCUCAUACUUCGUCGUUGUGCAAUUCUUAAAUUGGGUGAAAUCACUCAAUUAAGACCAUUAAUUGAAAAUGUCAACGUUAGAAGACAAAAUUCUUGGGGAAAAAUUGCACAAUUAUUGUAGCAGUAGUGAGGAAAGUGAAUCAGAUUCAGAAGACCCAAACCCGAAAAAAUCCCCAGUUGAAGCAUCACCACCCCCGGAAGUGAAUAAAUGGGAAGGGACAUCCUCCAACACGGGCCCCAAAGGCGUAAUCAAGGACUGGCAAAGGUACAAACAACUCGAAAAUGAAAAACGAACAGAGGACGAAAACGAGAAAAUCGCCCUCAUGAAAAAACUCACACUAACUGUUCAAACAGCCUUGGAUGAAGAACGCGAAAAGGCUGCUUUGCAAGACCCCGAUUUGGCCGAACUCUUAAAUGACGACUUUUUAUUAAACUACCAGAAACAAAGAAUGCAAGAAAUGUUGUCACAAACCAACCACAACAUUAAAUUCGGUGAAAUUAUCGUUUUAAAAAACAGUGGAGAACUCCUCGACGCUAUUGAUAAGGAACACAAAUCAGUCACAAUAGUGGUCCACAUUUACGAAGAUAAUGUCGAAGCUUGUCGCACAAUGAAUUUGUGCUUGAAACAACUUUGUAAAAUUUACGAAAAUGUUAAAUUCUGUUCAAUUAUUGGCUCUAGGGCUGGGAUGAGCAUGCGGUUUAAGACAGAUGGGGUGCCUGCGUUACUCAUCUACAAAGGGGGGCAAUUAGUUGGGAAUUUCAUAAGAUUAUCUGAUGAUCUUGGGAACGAUUUUGAACCAGAAGACAUACAAAGCUUUUUAGUCGAACAUGGGAUGCUGGAAGACAAGAGUUGCACCCCCUUGCUCAUUCAAGGGGGCACAGAUCACAGUGACAGUGAUUAGAUCAAGUUAAAAUAUUCAAUUUUUGUGUUUGAUCUCAUGAGAGGCUAUUAUAAUCGCUAUUAAUCAUGUAACUUUGACGUUUUUCUACUAUUACAAUUUUGUAUUUUUGUUUAAAAAGUGUUAAAUAAUAGUAAUAUAAAAAUACUUAUUUACGGAAA